AUGCAGAACGGCUGGGAGAUCUUGAUGUCGGAUAAUGAAGAUUGCUGUUGGUUCCGAUUAGUCCCGACCCAGAUGGUUCUUGAGAUGAUUGUUGAGACCACUGGUUUCACUGGUCUCGCAUCUAUAUUGGAUACGGCAGUGCGAUCUUCUGAAAGUCGCUCUGUUCCGUCUUCAAGAAUAGAAUCAGUCCAUGGAAAAGUAGUGCAUUCAGUUGGUAUCAAACCACUAGCGGUCGGAGAUGUUUUAGAAAUCGUUAUUUAUGCAAAACAAUCAUUCAAAAUUUUCAUUCAUUCGGAUAAUGAGUUUUUUGUUCCAAUUGCAUUGAUAGUAAAUCACUGGAAAAAGGAACUGAGCAUAACUUCCCGAAAAUUUGAAGACUUUGAUUACGACGAAAAAAGAAGAAUCCCGUUUGUCCUUCCUAGUCAACUUUUGAUCAAUUUUGAAGUGUUAAAAAUCGGCUGGAAGGUUACAAUCAAUAAUGACUGGGUAAUGAUCUAUGAAAAACGAAUGAGUUUGGCGUUUGCACACACUUUAUCUAUUUUCGGAGACGUAAUGGUACAAACUGUGCAACUUUAUCAAUAUUCUGGACUUGAGGAGAACGAAGCGGAAUAUGGAAGUUAUGAAGAAUGA